UUUGUUUUUUUUUUUUAAAUUCAGUUAUAUUUAAGUAACUUUCAAUUGAAAGUUAUUUACUUUAAACAUUGACGAUAUUAAAACAGAUCAAUGAAUAGACUUUAAAAGAUGAGUUGACCACUAUUUCUUUUGAAACGUGAUAUUUUUUCUAUAAAGUUGCGACUGAGAGAAAAUACAAAACCAACUACAGUCAGAUUUCACCACUAAACGUAACGUAAAUAAGUGCUUACAUAAUUAUUUUCAAUCUAAUAAGAUUUGUCAGUGUUUAUUACUACGUGUCAGUGUUUAUCACUACGAUCAAAGCUAGAAAUGGAGCAUGAAAUGGGAAGAUACCAAUUUGGAGAACACGCUUAUAGGACAGGAGGGAAUUUCGAGUCGCCAACCGUACCGUCUGCUGAUAUGUACCUGGGAGGCAACAUGCGAUACCAAAUGCCAUCUAACACUACAGCGGAUCAUGCGUUUUUAUACGGUUUUAGUUCACUAGCGCAGAACACAACCGAUAGGUAUGGAGAGACGUAUCAACAGUCACAUCGUGACCAGAACAGAACCGAUAGGUAUGAAGAGACGUAUCAACAGUCACAUCGUGACCAGAACACAACAGAUAGGCGUGGCGACAGGUAUCAACAGUCAAAUCGUGACGUAAAAGAAAUUCGCCGUCAGAGGGAAAUAAACAAGGCCAAAAAAGAAGCAGCAGAUUUGGACCAGAGUUUUAUUCUCGAAAAACUGGCCGAAGUUGAACCAAUAGCAGUGACAUUUUACGAUAAAGCUACAGGCAUUGAAUUUGAUGCUGAGGGCAAUGAAAUAUCAAGAAGUCAAGUCGAUGAAGACAUCAAUCAGGAUAUACAGGCCACUGAUAGCCAACAGCUUGUCAAUACACAUCAUUGGGGAAGCGCCUAUGGAGCUUCACCGUUUAAUCCACACUCCAGCCUAUUUAACGUUGGGGUUUAUCCAACUAACCCAGGAGCGUAUCCUUAUCAGCCCAUGAACCAACCUGUAAAUCCACAAAUCAACCAAUGGAACGGGACACAUUAUCCACUGGAUCUAACCAUCCAACCCGACAACAAAGGGAACACCGUGUGGUCGACCAACCAGUCCAACCAGAUGAUCACACAACAACCCAUUCCGCUUACAGCCCAGCACAAUUUUUACGGACAGAUACCAGUAACUGCCACACAACAGAAUAAUCUGGAAACUGUCCCUAUACCUGACUACGUUUGUUGCAGUAUUUUUACUGCUAUGUGCUGCUGUUUACUUCUAGGCAGUUGGGCCCUUUACUAUGCGAAGACGGCCAAUCGUGAGAACCAGGAGCGGCAGUUCCUGAAAGCCAGACAAAGUGCCACCAGAUCCUGUAUGCUGAACGUAGCUGCCAUCAUUAUAGGGCUGGCUUGUUACGGCAUCAUCGCUUACGUUACAUACCUAAAAGUCAAGAGAUAAAACUGAGCCAAGUCAUUGUGUUUGUUCUUUGGUUACUUUUUGCUUAGGUCUGGAACGGUGCGAUCAAUAAACACAAGCUAAAUAAAACUGCAGCAGUAGCUGGUAUGGUCCUUGUAUAUCUCUUGGCUGGUUUGUGUUCUUUAAGUAGCUUGGAGUAAUAAAAAAUAUGCUUACACCAGGGGUCGGCAACCUGCGGCUCGCGAGCUGCAUGCGGCUCUUUUAACGUCCAGAUGCAGCUCUCCAGCUCCUUGCACAAAUAUUAAUAAUUAUAUAAUUUCCUUUUUUAUUGGACAGUGGGGUACGACUUUACCCUGCGUUCAGUGGGAUGGAAGAUAAGCCUUAUGAGAACCGUACGAUGGAAGCGUACGAUGCAAGUUAUUCAAACCGAUAUCCAAGCCAGCUAGUCGGCAUUUGCCGUGUUGAGGCCUGACUGGCUAAUGGGAGACACCUCCUGAGCCGGUGAUAUCCGUAAAGAAAAAAAUAAAAUAAAAAUUAACAGCUUCUAAAGUGGAUUGAGAUAGUCCUAGAAUAAUAUUAUUUGAUUACUAAUUUUACUAUACUGCCAAAACAUGUCUAUGUUUUUAUACGAAUAAAUAUUAUUUCAUAUUUAAAGCUAUUUAUUUUAAAUAAAAAAUCAAAUUUAUUUACCUAAUCCUAAUCAAAUACCAAAAUAUUGAACUAAAAAUUGUGGCUCUUCAAAAACUGGGAAAUUUUGUAAAUUGUAACUUUUGGCUCUUGCGUAUCAAAAGGUUGCCAACCCCUGGCUUACACGAUUGGCCAAUAUUUCUGUAGGACUGGCAGCCUGUUUACAGUCAAGAAUAAUAGGCUUGAAAAGCUGGCCCAAAAUGGUUCCCAAAGCUUGUUGCCAGAAAGCAUAUUUCUCAACCAAAAUUGAAUAUUUUAUAACAUUUGUGUAAUAUGUACAAAAUGACUUCCGGUUUUAUUAAGGCUAGAAAUAUUCUAAAAAAUAAUUACUAUUAAUAUAAUAGUAAUUUAGCAAACACUUUUAUUUUUAAAUUUGAUUAAUAGAGUUAGUGUGUUGUGGUGAAAGGGGAUGUUUUAUUAUUUAAUAUAAAUAAACUAAAAGGUAUAGGCCUACCCCAUUGACCGCCAAUGUGUAGUAUUUUAGCAUGAUUACACAGACUUUUUAUGCCUAUUAUGAUAUUAAUAACUGUUCUUAUAGUGUAAUCAUAUUUCAAACUUACAAGAAUUCCAGUUUCCUUUGAUUCAUGACUGAUUUAAAUAUCGUAAAAUACUUUUAUAUUUCAUGGAAAUGAAAUAAAGAAAGCUUAAUAAUUGCAGAUGUUUUGUAAUUUAUAUGCGAAAUGUGUUUAUACUUUGCAAAUUUUCUAGAUUUUUUUUAGAGUAGAAGUUGCAUAUUUGUUUUAUUCGUUUAUAUUUUGCAAGAGAAUAGUUUUAGAAUAAUAAAUAAUGGUAAAUAAUUGUACAUUUUUUGCUCGAUUCAGUUCUUCUUUGAUGAUGUGUUAUUAUUUUAAAAAAGAAAGAUUAGUGUAU